UUCGAAUUUUCACCAGAUCGUCCCAUUUUAUUUUUAUUUUUUAAAUUAUAAAAGAGGGUGCAAAAAUUCCAAAAAUUUGGGUAAUCCUAAGUCAAAUCGAACAAAAAUUGAUCGAUGAGAUGAUUUCAUGUUUAAGUAAGUACAUCCCCUUCCAUAUAGUCAUCAGAUCCUACUUAUAAUGAUGUGCGGAAAAGAGGAAGUCCAUGCAUGCCUUCGUCAAUGGAAAUGAAUUUCGAUAAUUAAUGUAAACACCACUCACCGGUUCACGAAAUUCAAUUAGGAACUAAUUCACUAAUUUGAGGUAGGUAGGUCAGUAAAAUUUGACUGGAGCAAAUGUUCACAGAAUUAGAUACCUGCACGUCCAUUUUAGUGGAAAGUCAGUAUCAGUGUCACUUUUUAAUUGUUCAAAGAUAAAGUUUGGUGAAAAAUGUGAAUGUGCACAAGUUGAAGCUAUGAUAUUGUAGAUAUUUUUUAAUUUAAUUUUUACCACUCGUACUACUACGAGUACCUACACUCAUGCUGAACGGAAAUCGAAUACGCCUCAACCUACAGUCGUUGAUACGAAGUGUAAAAAGCAAUAUCGUGGUGAUAAUGGCAUCCGUCGCAGGGAUUUUAAUCGUGGCAGGAAUCUUGUUAUACUUGGGGUUGAGGACAAAUGCAAAUCCUAAUACCGAAUCAAAAAAACAAGAAGAGUUGACUAGUUGGAAGAUUCCAAAGAAUUCAUGUCCAAACGGUACAGAUAAAAUUAAGGACUGUUUGAAAUGUUAUCAAAGCGGAUAUGCAUAUUAUUUUGAUGCAAAAAUACGAGUAUCUGGCACAGACCAAGGUUGCUCAGAUAACACCCCCUUACAAACAUUCAUCAAUACUGAUGAGUACAAUAAUAAUAAUGAUGGUAUUGUAUCAUGUCAAAUAAUGGAAGACUAUCCCAAUGACACAAGCGAAAUGAAUGCUACUUUUAAGUCAACUGGAAUUCCAAAUAAUAUCCUCGAAUACAGCAGAUUCAUUGGAUGCUUCAACUAUGAAAAUGAUUCAUUUAAACCCGAUUUGUUUAAAACCGAAUGGGAUGAAAUUGAUUUGAUUGGAACAAAUUCUAAUAAGCGGUGCUUAAUUCGAUGCCAACUGAAAGGAUACGAGUAUGCAGGUACGCGUAAUGGUUCACAAUGUUUGUGUACCAAGGAAUCGCCUAAACAUCGCGCCAAAGACGAUUUUCUUUGUGAAAAACUAAAUUGCCCCGGUGAACCAACAGAAAUGUGUGGAGAUGCAGACAAGAUAAAAUUAUACCAUACGCACCUAAUGUACGAGAAACAGCGGAAUCCACAAUACAUAGGUUGUUACACUGUCAACUACAAUGAUAGCAGCUGCCAUACUAAUACAUACAACGUUACAAAUCCUUUGUCGUGUAUUGCUACUUGCAAAAAACGAAGAUUUAAUUACUCAAGUUUCAACAUUUCAUCCGGAAACCACUGCAUCUGCCGUAAUUUACCUCCGCUAAAGAUUCGUGAAAUUAGUGAAUAUGGCUGCAAUAACACUACUCGUACUUGUGACGAUGAAGGAUGUGAAAACGAUGCAAAAAUGAUGAUAUACGAUAAUGGAAUAUCUGAUAAUCCUUAUGACUUGAAUGCGUACGCUUUCAUCAAUUAUUUCAACUUGACAAAAGAUUCACGAGCGGAACUAUUGAAGACAAUUAAUACCACAUUUGAUAACUCGCUACUAACGAAUUGUCACAGAUAUUGUGUGAAAUCUGGAUUUAAGUUUUUUAGUGUACAAGUGAAAAACCUGGCAUUAAACGGUACGAAUUGCUUUUGCAGUAAUAUAGACAUAGGGGAUUUGGAAGGUUUGACUGAAAAACGAAGCGAUAAAAGCGAGAAUGCAGACAUCUUCGUUUUUGAAACAGGUCUAUCUGAUGUAGAUAUAGACGAGAUGGAUACAAAAUGUUAUCAAAUGAAUGGAGCAGCCAAGGAGUUAUGGACUGACACCACGACAUUUUUCAAUAUGAGGACACUCACACCGAAAACUUGUCAAAUGAUAUGUGACUACCUCCGAUACUCGUAUUCUGCAGUGGAAAAAGGAUCUGACUGCCACUGUUUCCAUAACUUAAACGAGAAGAAAAACUCAACACCCACGCGAGAUAUCGAUUGUAACAUCAGGUGCCUCGGUGAUCCUUUUCAAACAUGUGGUGGAUCCGGAUAUCAUAUGCAGGUUUCCGAAACCCCGUUUGCCCAAAAGAUUAUUAAAUCUAACCAACUAAAUAUUACUCAGCUGGAAGAAAUGCUUAAAUCUUGAUACUUAUAGAAAUUUGCAUUCAAAACCGAAAGAACUACAGACAGACAGUAUUAUUAAAAUUUUUAGGCUCAAGGCUCGUUCAAAAAUCCGAGCCUGCAUAAGUGCAUAUAGGUAUCUCAAUUUUGCCAAUGGUUUUAAGCAUCAUUUUAGAAGUAGGUUAACAAAAUCUGCGAUUAAAUAAUUUCUUUUUGAGUAGGUAUAUUUGUAAAAUAAUUUUACCCGAUAAUGCAAUGAUAUUUUGAAAAGUACAAAUAUAUCUUGUUAAAAUGUCAAAUUCUAAGCAACUAGUCAUAAGUUAUGCUUAAUUGCAAAGUUAUCAGUAUUAUAAAUUAGAUUUUUGUUACAUGAGUACUUUUUAAAUUUCUCAUAGUAUUAUCUACUUAAACUUUAGAAGCAUGAACUUUCUUGAUUGACUGAUUAAGUUUGUAGUAAAUAUUUUCUAUUUUAAAUAAACAAAUUUAUGGACUAA